AUGACUACUGAAGACUUAACUGAACCGAUUUCAGAAUCUUUCCUCCAUUUGUCCCAGGAUACAGAAGAUGUUAGUGAUUCAUCCCUCAAACUGAAUUCGUUUGAUACGAGUCAUUUAAUGGAUUUAGUCAAGAAAUUCGAUAAUCAAGCCAUUGCAAGUGAUAGUGAGGAAGAUCUUGUUAGUGCAAUGGGUAGUCCCCGUGCCAAGAAGAUCAGAAAUCCUAAAGAAAAAACUGAUGAUGAUAAACACGAAUAUGAUUUUGAGAUAAACGAUGAUACAGAAAUCGACUUGAUAGAUGAAAAACCAUUCACUUCACAUUCAACCCCAAUAUCAAAAACUUUCAAGCCCAAAAUAAGAGUUGAUGAUUUAGCCAGUUUAAUCCAACCACUUUUGAAAGAAGAAUUCAAAGAUUUCAAAGAAAGUAUAAGAAAAGUAAUACAAGAUGCAAACGAAAUUCAACACAUAAACGAAGAAAAUCAACAUAAAACACACAGUCUGAACAAUCAGAAUCAAAAUCAAGAUUACAAACAUCCCCAAGAUGUUCAAAAUACACCAUAUGAAACCCACAAAAGUGAUGAUAGUCUUAUCAAUAACGAUUACCAAUCAUUCCAAAACAACUAUACAUCCAAUUAUAAAACUGAAACCUCGAGUUCAACACCCCCAAUACCAUCUCAAGCCAAUAACAUGAAACCAAUAUACACUAAUAAUCCCAGGGUCCAUGUUUCAAUCCCAACUCCAGUAUCUUCAUUAAACUCGAGAUCAGGUAGUUCCAAUGAUGAGGAGAUAAGAUUCUUGAAAGAGGAAAUAAAAAAUUUGAAUGAAACCAACUCUAAGUUAAGAUUGGAAGUGCUCAAUUUCAGAAACAAUGAAGUCACUGAAUUGAGAACUUUGAACAAUCAAUUGACUCACAAAUUAAAUGAAUCUAAAAAGUACAAUCAGGAGCUUAAGAAUGAAAUGGAUUACUUGAGCAAGAAUUCUGGAAACCCGACUCAAGAAGUCAAUGAGGGUUUCGAAGAGUUAAAAAAGAAAUACGCCAAAGAAAUUGGAGACGCAACGAAAAUGAUAAAUCUUGAUUCGUUGAAUGGAAACUUCAAAAAGUUCUACAGUAAGUUGAACUUGUCAGAAAUUGAUGAGUUGUCAAAGGUAGAAAUGUCUAACUUGAUAAAAAACAUAUUAUUAACGCUUCUACUUGAUUUCAGGAAACUCCCAGAUAAUUUACAAGCACUCACCAGAUUUUUAAAGAUUUCCAAUCAAUUCGUUGAUAAUGUGCAUGACAUUCUUUAUGAUAAUGAUUUCAAACCUUCUUUUCAUAUUAAUAAUGAUGAUAAUAAUGAUGUAGUAAACUACCAUAAAUGCUUAAAUGACAUGGUAGGGUUGAUUAAACCAAAUAGAUAA